UGUAACAAAGGAAGGAUAGUCAAAUGCUGCUAUAAAGCCAUUAUUUAAUCUUCAAUCUGCACAGUAUUUAUUUUCUCGUGGAAGUCAAAUAACCUGAAAUUAUUCACCAUUAUGAAGUAAAAAUAUCGGAUGACUCAUUUUAAUACCUUUUUGACGAUUAUUUGGCGAAUUCAACCUCCAAGCUACAUCCCCUUUUACGUAUGAACUUGUUCACAAUGAUCAGUUUUCUAUUAAUACUAAUUUUCUAUGUGGUACUUUUAUGUAUAGUUUAUAAGUGACCAUGUGAGUGUCGAAGUUGGAAAGUGAUGUCAAGGAAAACGACUGGCUGCACAGAGAGCAGAUGGAGCCAGUCACAAAUCAGCUUCGGUUGCUACAAUUAACUUCGGGAGUAGUGUCUGAGGAGAAUGAAAUCAUUAAUAACUAUGAAACACAAGUCCAACUUUUUCAGCAGGAGCGGAUGCAGGUCAGUGAGUUGUGGCAGACAGCUGCACAGGAGCUUGACCACCUACAGGAGUCCUACUGGAGAAUGUUCACUAAUGGACUCAAUUCCAGUACUCCGGGACAACAGCUCAUACAAUCACAGACCAACUGUAAUUUCUCAAAGACAAUGACAGGCCACAGUGCAGAGGUGGAGGACCUCCAAAUCCAGCUCAGAUCAACCAAGGCUGAGCUGAGAACAGCCACAGCCAAAGUAGAUGAGAUGACCCACCAGCUCCAGUCUGUUCAGCAGCAGCUAAAGAGACAGGAGGGGAAUGAGGAAGAGGCCCAGAGUCGAGAGGAAGCAGCACAAAGACAAAUUCAACAGCUUCAGAGAACCAUCAGUCAUCAAGAGACCAAAAUAAAAGAUUCAUCUCAGGAGACAGAGACUGCACUCAAAGAUCUAACUAUGUGGGAGACUGCAGCGGGGAACCUAAAGGUCCGUUGUGCUACUUUAGAACAGGAGAAGUAUGAGGGCCUAGAGAAAGUGCGAGAGUGUGUACAGAUGGCUGAAGAGGCAGCAUUGCAGAAGGAUGAGGCUCAGUUAAGAGCAAAGCAGUUGAGCGAGGAGCUAGAGAGGACAAAAAAGGCCUUCCAACAGUUGAGCCAGGAUGCUACUGUUUGCUCCAAUGAAGAGUUGAACAACAUCCGUCAGCAGUGCAACACUGAAAUGCAAACUAUGGCGGAGGAAUUGUCUCUGCUGCACCUGGAGUGUGUGGACAAACAGUCCCAGAUUGAGAGGUUUAAGCGAGAGAGAAAAGCUUUAGAAGAGGAAGUGGCAAAGGUGACAAAGUGCAAGGUUGAGCACGAGCUUGGGAGAAUUGAUGCCCUUCACCAGAAGUGUCUAAAGGCAGAGCAGAUGAAGGAUGAAAUAAGUACCACUUUGCAACGUACCCGAAGCAAACUAAAAAAGUUGGAAUCAGACUACAGUGCAGAGUUGUCCCGAUACCAAGAGGAAGUGCAGACACUAAAGGGUUUUCUGAAUGCAGCAAGAGAGGAUUGUGUCAGAAUCAGUGCUGAGCGUCUCCAGUUGCAACAGGAGAAUGUUCACUUCCGUAGAGAGAUGGAUGAGCUGCGCAAGGCCACCUUGCAGGUCCAAAAGAACGCCAAACAACAGAUCACACAGAUGGAACAAGAAUACAGCGUAAAGGAAAAGGCAUUAAAAGCACAGAUGACUGACCUGGAGGAGAGCAAUCGCAACUCAAGUGCUGAUCUGAUGCGUCUCCUCACAGCACAGCAGAAAAGUAUCCAGCGCUGGAAAGUGGAAGCCCCGAAUAUGGCCCAGGCUUUUGAAACCAGAAUUAAAAAUCUGACAGAUGAGCUAAAUCAGUACCAACAACGUUCACAUGUGUUUGAGAUCCAGCUCAUGAAAAACAACGACACUAUUGUGGAGUACGAAAGACAACUGUCAGAGUUUCGAGAGAAGGUCAGUCGCCUCCAGAGACGACUCGCCGAAGUUGAGCAACGCACGACGCCUUCACAACAGGCAAGGACUUUGCCUAAACCACCGGCACACAUGACUGAAAGAUCCAUUUCGAAUUGAGUGAUGUGUGAACACAGGCUGAUGUACGUAGUUGCAUCCAAGUACCGGAAAGCCAUCAGGGAGCGAAUGAGUGAGUUUCUGAAAAGCUCAUGGUUUCCCCUUCCACAGAUCAGACUCUGGCUGCUCCCAACCAUCCCCCAUGAUGCUUUGAAGGUGGAAAUUUCCAAAAUACUUUAGGGCGUGGCUAAGACAAAAAAAAAACCAUAAAAUCCAAUGCAAAAUGUACACAUACACAUACAUUGACUGCUGUCAUAUAAGACAAAAUAUAGACUGUCCAUAGCGAUUUGUAAAAGUCUGUAAAAUCUUGAAAAUGUAUUAAAAAUUGCUUUGCAACCAAGUAAAAAUUCUAAACAUCCUUCUGUGGUCCUGAAGAUGCAUUAUGGAUUUUUUUUAAUAUAUGGUACAAGUAAUCCUAUUUCUCACUACGCAUAUUAAUUUUACAAUUCCAAUUGUGCACCAAUGUGAACGAGUGGUUCACACUUCUGCCUCACAGUUCUAACAAGUGGUAUAUAUAGUUGGACAAAUUGUGUCAAUUCACUGAAAUACAAUGGAUUUCCAAGUCAUUGAGCAGAUUCAAAACGAUCUUGGUGUUUCAGGGAAUGCCCGAUUGUU